UUAUGUGGCUUGUCUUGGAUAUCAUAAGACGAAUAGCAUCGAACACGAGUCCCUUACCCUUUCCACAGACACCAAUGGCUCUUUGAAACACAGUUGAAGCCAGUGAAAUGGUUAUUUUACGGUUGUAAGCGGAAAGGGUCAGAUACCAUCUCUAAAAUUUACUGAAGGAUGUUUCCGAGGGGAAUCCGGUGAGAUUGCAACGCUUUGUUUACAUUAAGUUCACUUCAUCUUCACGAACAGUUACCUUAAAAACAAUUCAUUCCGAGCAGUUGAUGUUUAUACCCCCAGGGGAGCUUUGUGUCAUUCAUCACAGUCAUCAAACACCAGGUUUUUUUUUUUUUUACCCUCAUUUCUUCGUUUUUUGCAAAAGCAGGUACAUGUACUUCAACUUCAAAGGCUUUUUUCACUUUGCUGAACAGUAAAACAACAGAAAAGCUGUUUAUUGGUGGAAAUAAAGGUGGUAUUAUAACAAGAAAACCAGGAAUUAAAAUGUGAAUAAUUGAAGUAUAAGUUUUUUUUUUUAAUUAAAGGAGCUACAACCGCAGUACUGGCUUUUUGUGAAUGCAUACCACACUAUGAGAACAGAUGUCUUUCUUGUAACAAGACGUUCAGGAGCAGCAGCAGCACUUAUUGUUAACGCCAUGAAGAAAGGAGACAGAUGCCUGCUAGUUCUGUGACAAGUCAUCCAUGAGUAACACUACAUAUACAUGGACCUGCAGAAACCAGGGCAUAUAUUCUAAAACUAAGUCGAGGGCAGCAACACGGAUGUAGAUGAUUUGAUAGGUCAAUGAAAAGUCGAUGAAAAGGAAUGAAAUGGCUGGCAUUGGAGAAAAACCAUUCAAAUGCCAGUGUUGUGAAAAGAGUUUUAGUGUCAAAAGUGCAUGUGUACGACAUGAAAAGACCCACACUAGAGAAAAACCAUUCAAAUGCCAGCUUUGUAAAAAGGGUUUUAGUUUUGAAAGAUAUUGCAAACAACAUGAAAUGAUCCACACUGAAGAAAGACCAUAUAAAUGUUGUUUUUGUGAAAAAGGUUUUAGUGUCAAAAGCACAUGUAAACAACAUGAAAUGAUUCACACUGGAGAAAAACCAUUCAAAUGCCAGUAUUGUGAAAAAAGCUUUAUUGCCAGAGAUAAAUGUAAACAACAUGAAAUGAUCCACACUGGAGAAAGACCAUUUAAAUGUCAGUAUUGUGAAAAGUGUUUUAGUGUCAAAAGCACAUGUAAACAACAUGAAAUGAUUCACAGUGGAGAAAAUCCAUUUAAAUGCCAGUACUGUGAAAAGAGUUUUACUUUCAAAAGUCAGUGUAAACAGCAUGAAAUGGUUCACACUGGAGAAAAGCCAUUCAAAUGGCAGUAUUGUAAUAAGAGUUUAGUCACAGAGGAACAUGUAUAAAACAUGAAAUGAUUCACAGUGG